GAGACCCAGCCUGGGGUCCGGGACAUCCCGGUAACCUGGGCAGGAUCACUGUGGACUUUAUUUGUAUCCGAACAGCUGGGCUGUAAGCUGAUUGUGUCUAAUCCCCCCAGUUUAUGGGUGGGGAGACCGUUUAGGCCCAUAUAGGAGUCGUGUCUUCUCUGGGGUCACACGGCAAAGAUGGGUUUGGACCCAAGAUAUUGGUGUCCCGGCUGCUCUUCCGUCCUAACUGGGGGACUGGGAGGACAGGGGCGCCCUGGUUAGGAGACCCCAGGGAAGAGGGCGGGCAGCUGGCUGUGGGGGCGUGUGACGCACCUGGGAGAGGAGGGCAGAGGAGGUGAGAUCGGAGUGAGUGAGGGGCCGCUCCUGGAGUCUCACUGAGCCCUAUUCUCCUGUUCCAGGGUUACCACAGGUCAAACCACUUCAUAGCCACUCAAGGGCCGAAGCCCGAGAUGGUCUACGACUUCUGGCGCAUGGUGUGGCAGGAGCACUGUUCCAGCAUUGUCAUGAUCACCAAGCUGGUGGAGGUGGGCAGGGUGAAAUGCUCACGGUACUGGCCGGAGGACUCAGACAUGUACGGGGACAUCAAGAUCACACUGGUGAAGACGGAGACUCUAGCUGAAUAUGUCGUGCGCACCUUCGCCCUGGAGCGGAGAGGGUACUCUGCCCGGCAUGAGGUCCGUCAAUUCCACUUCACCGCGUGGCCGGAACACGGCGUCCCCUACCACGCCACGGGGCUGCUGGCCUUUAUCCGGCGCGUGAAGGCCUCUACCCCGCCUGACGCCGGGCCCGUUGUCAUCCACUGCAGCGCGGGCACUGGCCGCACAGGCUGCUACAUUGUUCUGGAUGUGAUGCUGGACAUGGCGGAGUGUGAGGGCGUCGUGGACAUUUACAACUGCGUGAAGACCCUCUGCUCCCGGCGCGUCAACAUGAUCCAGACGGAGGAGCAGUACAUCUUCAUUCACGAUGCAAUCCUGGAGGCCUGCCUGUGUGGAGAGACCACCAUCCCUGUCAGCGAGUUCAAGGCCACCUACAAGGAGAUGAUCCGCAUUGAUCCUCAGAGUAAUUCCUCCCAGCUGCGGGAAGAGUUCCAGACACUGAACUCGGUCACACCGCCCCUGGAUAUGGAAGAGUGCAGCAUUGCCCUGCUACCCCGGAACCGGGACAAGAACCGCAGCAUGGACGUCCUGCCGCCCGACCGCUGCCUGCCUUUCCUCAUCUCUACCGACGGGGACCCUAACAACUAUAUCAACGCGGCUCUGACGGACGUGAGGGCUUGGGGCGGCUCUGGGCUCGGGGAUUCCCUCAGCCAGCAGUAUUCGGGAAGGCUCAGGAGCCGGAGGGCAGAGCCGAGGGCUCUGGUUGGGACAAGGUUGGGACCGGGGAGCAGAGUCAGUGUCUGUCACUGCUCUGGGACCCGGGCUGGGCUCUCAGACCCUUCCUCCAUGGAGCUGGAAGGGACUGAGAGAUGCAUCUAUUCACAAAUAUUUAUUGAACCCCUACCGUGUGCUGGGCACAGGCCAUACCCCCAGAUCUCUGCUCUCCUGGACCUUGUAUGUGGGUGGCGGGUUGGGACAGUGAGUACACAAUGAUACAGUGGUAUGUCAGACGCUGGUAAUUUCUACGGAAGGCGACCAGGCAGGAGGAAUAUAUAACGUGGGCUUUGGAGUGUGUGUAUAUGGCUAUUUUUGAUGACGUGGUAAGGAGGGCCCCUUGGAGGAGGUGACUGUCCAAGAGCAGAAAGAAGUGAGGGGCAGGACUGUGUAAGCAUUUGGAAAUUUGUUCUAGGCAAGAGGACUAGCAGGUGCUAAGGCCCUGAGGCAGGGAGCAAGCUUAGCAAGCCUCUACCUUCAAUGCCCAGUUUCCCAUCACCAUACAUGUGGGAAUUUUGUCCCAGGGGCCAUGGGCUUGGGCACCAGGGGCCUGGGGAGGGGGGCUCCCCCUACCAGCUCAGGCCUCCAUGUGCCACCAAGCUCUGAAGUGGACCCCCGCACGCAGCCCGACCCUGAGGGGAGAGCUGUCCUGCUCAGGGUGGGCCGAGCCGGGGACGGCCGUGGCGGGAGCGCCGGC